AUGAGUUUAAUGCUGAGAGAAACUGAAGAGGAGAAAAGAAAGCGAGAACGAGGUUGGCAUGUUUCACCUGAUGUUGGAGGAGAUGGAAAAAAUGUACAAGGUGUUGUAGAGACUAAAUAUGUGGGGGAGAAACACGACUUUAAUGCUGGUUGGGGAAAAGUGUUUCACGGUCCGGGAAGAGCAAAACCCACCUGGCAUGUAGGAGAGACAUUCCGUUUUAAAAGAGAAACCGAAGAGGAGAAAAGGAAACGAGAACGAGGUUGGCAUGUUUCACCUGAUGUUGGAGGAGAUGGAAAAAAUGUACAAGGUGUUGUAGAGACUAAAUAUGUGGGGGAGAAACACGACUUUAAUGCUGGUUGGGGAAAAGUGUUUCACGGUCCGGGAAGAGCAAAACCCACCUGGCAUGUAGGAGGGACAUUCCGUUUUAAAAGAGAAACCGAAGAGGAGAAAAGGAAACGAGAACGAGGUUGGCAUGUUUCACCUGAUGUUGGAGGAGAUGGAAAAAAUGUACAAGGUGUUGUAGAGACUAAAUAUGUGGGGGAGAAACACGACUUUAAUGCUGAGAAACCGAAGAGGAGAAAAGGAAACGAGAACGAGGUUGGCAUGUUUCACCUGAUGUUGGAGGAGAUGGAAAAAAUGUACAAGGUGUUGUAG